UUUAUCAAGACCAACCAAACUGUGGUUUAACCGGCUCAACCGCGGCUUGAUCAGUUUUACCGCGGAUUCAGUGCGGUUCAGUGCUAGGGCAGGCGUUUGAUCAGGAGCCUGAGCAGAAGGCUUUACAUUUUGGGUGAAAAAUCCCCGACCUCCGCCAUGCCAACCGCAAAACAUCUGCUGAAGCGCCUGGUAGUUUUCCCGCUGAUUAUUCUCACGAGCCAACUUCUCCACAUCGCCAAGCAAAUCAUCUUGAACAUCUUAGAUGUCCUUAGGCAAAAGAAGCAAGCGGGUGUUGUCAGAACUCCGGCGGAAAGGUUUCAAGGCCUAGAGGCAGUGGGUUAUGCUUUCAAGGCGAAUUAUGUGGAGCUGCCCAUCGGAGGAGGAAAAACGCUACCCAGAGUCCAUUAUAUUGAUGAAGGGCCUUCUGAUGCAAAGGAAACUCUCCUGUGCCUCCAUGGUGAGCCAAGUUGGUCCUUCCUGUAUCGGCAUAUGAUUCCUGUGUUCACAAAGGAAGGCUAUCGUGUCAUUGCACCAGACUUCAUAGGUUUUGGCAAAUCCGACAAGUUUACUUAUCCCGAUGCUUACAGCCAUGACUUACACAGAAUGACCGUGCGAUUAUUAUUGGAUUAUCUUGGAGUGAGUAACGUCACACUUGUAUGCCAGGACUGGGGAGGCUUGACGGGUCUUUCCGUUGUGAAAGACUCCCCGCAUUUCUUCUCCAGGAUAGUUGUGAUGAAUACUGGUCUGCCGGCAGGGACUCAACUCUCCUUAUCCACGAUCGACAAAGUUACUCCUUUCCUUUUAUGGCGUGGCUUUGCGCAGCUCCUCGGCACAGCCCUUCCUGUCUACCACAUAUUCAAGAAAGCCUUACGGAAUGUCCACCCCACUGUGUUGGAUGGUUAUAACGCGCCAUUCCCAUCCUCAGAAUACAAAGCAGGAGCUGCUAAAUGGCCUCUUUUAGUUCCUCUAACGUCGAACACGCCGGUGGCCGUCGACAUGCAAGAAACCCGUGACUUUUUGAGCCAGAAAUGGAAAUCUCCUUUUCUAAUUAUGUUCUCUGAUCGAGACCCUAUUACAAGAGGACAAGAUAAAACUUUCCUCAAGCUUCAGCCGCACGCCACGUGUAAGACAGUUCAUGGGGCUGGACAUUUUCUUCAAGAAGACAAAGGGGAAGAAAUUGCGUCUCAUAUUGUCAGUUUCAUUAAUGGGAAACUUUAAUGUUAGCAUGUUAUGAAUUUUAUUUGUUUUAAGGGCCUGCCUUGUAGUAGUUAUUUAUCUAAUAUAUAUAUAUAUAUA